AGCGAAGACGCUGUGUCCUCGUCCAUGUCGGCAGAUGGAGUUCUUACUGUCACUGUUCCAAAGAAGAAUUCCUUGACAAACAACAAGGAGGGCCAAACUAUCAAAAUCACUGCCUCGCACAAAAAGUCUGCAGAUGCUACAAAGACUCACACGAACAUCACCAACAACGUCGAAACGAAACAAGUUAGUGUCGAAGGAAAAACGUCAAAAUCGUCUGGAGUGAAAGUGCAAGAGGAUCAGACUCAGUCGACGGAGUCUCAGAACACGCAGGACUCGAGCGACUCGACGCAGGCCAACUCACUUGCUUCGUUCCACCUUCUUCCCAUUUCGGAAAGAGGGCCUUUCUUCCGCGAUUCCUUCUUCCAGGACACUCGAAAGCAAUUCCAAGAAGCCGUCGACCAAGUCCUCAAAGAAUGGGGACAAGUGGACUCUGCGAGCGACCACAUGAACAUGUACAGGAACUUGCGAAAGCAGAACUUGCAGGAAGAGAACCAAGCCGUCGCCUUCAGCGAGGACCACCAGUGUUAUAAGAUUGUGGUGGAUGUACAAGACUUCAAGGAAGGCGACGUCAAGGUCAAGGUGGUGGACGAGAAUGAGCUAACAAUCGAAGGCAAUUUGGAGAUCAAGCGAGACGAUUCCGUGUCCAGCAAGAGUUUCUUCCGCCGUUUCUGCUUCCCAGGACUCGUGAGCGCCGACACCGUGACGUCCGGGAUGUCAUCUGACGGCAUCCUCACUGUUACUGUACCAAAGACAACAUCGGGAUCGAAGGCCAGUGCGGUUUCUGAAGCGUCAACAUCUCAGGUUUCCCAGACUUCAUCUCAAAACACAGAAGGAAAACAAACUCUCACAAAGGUAUCCAAAUCAGAACAGCAAAGUUUUCGUUCCCAGUAUCAGAAUACAUCUACCAGAAGGACUGAAGCGACAUCGUCACUCGCAAACAAAAUUACAAGUGAGGAAAACCAAGAAGGCGCCAAUAGUAGAAUCUGUGAAAGCGGGAGCUCGCUUCUAGAAAGCACACAGUCAAGCAAGGACGCAGUGGACGACCAGUGGCUUCCCAUCUCCUCGAAGGGUCAGUUCUUCUCUGAUUCCUUCUUCGAAGACGUCCGUAAGGACUUCGAAUCGGCUGUCAACGAAGUCCUCAGCAGGCAUGACAUCAUGAGGAGUGCCAACGACGAACUCUCCUGCUACCGAAGUCUCCGGGAACGUGAGCUCAAGGAUGAGACUCAGGCGAUGAAGACCACGGAAGAUCAACACGGAUUUAAGGUGGUGUUGGACGUUCACGACUUCAUGAACGAAGACGUCAGAGUGAAGGUGGUGGACAACAAGGAGGUGGUGGUGGAAGGUCGUGCGGAGAAGAACGACGGAACGUUGAGGUCAAGCAAGAGCUUCUGUCGACGCUUCACUCUUCCUGGCGCAGUGGACAUGAAUGCUGUCACCUCCGCCAUGUCCUCCGACGGUGUCCUCACCAUCACCGCGCCCAAAGUUUGAAAAUGGAGACAUUGAAAACUUUAACCACUGAGAUAAUAUGUGAAGUUUAUUCACAUAUUAUAAAUUGUUAUAAACGUUAAUGUAAUGAUCUCCUUGUAUGUUAAAGAUAUUUAAAGUUUAGCACUGUUACAAAAUGUAUAUUUGAUUUUGAUCUAUUUUUAUAUGAAAUGAAAUGUAUUGAUUUCUA